CAACUUCAUGCUAGCAAGAUGGUACGUUGCUGUGGAGGCUGUUUGAAGCUGUCAGUCACAAACGCUUGUUCUCCAUGACAGAAAAUGUUAACAUCUAACAGCAGAUCCUACUGCUCAUCGGCCAUUUGAGCGAUGAAGAGGAAGUUAAGGAGCAGCACUUGAGUUAACUGUUGAGUCCUACUCUUCCCCUCAGACAGCCAGAAAUUCCAGACAACCAGAGAUCCCAGAUGUGACCAUAGACUGUAUAAAAGAAGUCAACAUAGCCACCGUGAUAUCACUUAUUGCCGUGUGGAUUCCCACUCUGGAUUCUGGAUUCGUGAAGCCAGAAGUGACCAUAUUAAGAUGAGAGGGUGGAGCUGUGGAGGAGCGAGGAGUAGAUCUGACUGAGAACCUGAGCACACCGCUGUGGUAGCAACUUGUCAAUCACAAGCAAAGACCUUGGCCAUGACAAACAUUCCCAUCAAGAUGAAUCCCCAUCAUGCAAAGCCUCCUGGUCAUUUUGUCCAAAAUCUGUCUCGUCCCACCUGCUGGGCCACACUGACUCUGAGGAUAAAGGUCCUGUCCUCCUGCCAACAGAGGAGAUGGGUGUCCAGCUGCUCUUCAGCCUGCUUCAGCGAGGAUGUCUGGUGCAAAGAUACUGACACUCCUGCAGAGUCUGUCGCGUAGGAAACCUCUGGAGCCCGAAGGAGAGGUGUCCAACUUCCGCCGAUGUCUGACCACCCUUGACCUUGUGGCCCUGGGGGUCGGCAGCACACUGGGGGCUGGUGUGUAUGUGCUGUCUGGCGAAGUAGCCAGAGCUGUGGCUGGACCGAGUAUCAUAAUUGCCUUCUUGAUAGCAGCAGUGGCCUCAAUCGUUGCAGGACUUUGCUAUGCUGAAUUUGGAGCUCGUGUUCCCAAGACUGGCUCUGCCUACCUGUACAGCUAUGUGACUGUGGGAGAGAUAUGGGCUUUUAUCACUGGCUGGAACUUGCUGCUGUCUUAUGUCAUAGGGACGUCAAGUGUUGCCAGAGCAUGGAGUGGGACCUUCGAUGACCUCAUUGGAAAUGUCAUUGCCAGCUCUCUGGGCAAACAGGCUGCGAUGGAUUUACCUGGAUUAGCUCCCUACCCAGACUUCUUUGCAGCCGGCCUCAUAAUGCUCUUGGCAGGGAUUCUUGCAUUCGGUGUUAAAGAGUCAGCUAUUGUAAAUAAGGUUUUUACAGCAGUAAACAUCCUGGUGUUGCUGUUUGUUAUCCUCUCUGGAUUCAUUAAGGGCGACAUCAACAACUGGUACAUUGGUGAAGAUUCACUGCUAGAUGGAAACUUCACAUUGCUGAAUGACACCACCAGAUAUGGCAGUGGAGGAUUUUUCCCUUUUGGUUUUGAGGGAACAUUAGCGGGAGCAGCCACAUGCUUUUAUGCAUUUGUUGGAUUUGACUGCAUCGCAACAACAGGAGAGGAGGUUCAGAACCCUCAGAAGUCGAUCCCAGUCGGCAUCGUGUCGUCCCUCCUGAUCUGCUUCCUGGCUUACUUCGGUGUGUCUGCAGCCCUGACUCUCAUGAUGCCGUACUAUUUGCUCAGUGCUCAUAGCCCACUGCCUGUGGCCUUCACAUACAUCGGUUGGGGCCCUGCAAAGUAUGUAGUAGCUGUGGGAUCCCUCUGUGCUCUGUCAACAAGCCUGCUAGGAUCAAUGUUCCCGAUGCCUCGUGUUCUUUUUGCCAUGGCCAGGGAUGGACUUCUCUUCAGACCUCUCAGUAAAAUGAGUGACAGACAAAGUCCUGUUAUAGCGACCCUGGCUUCAGGGGUCGUAGCAGCUAUCAUGGCGCUAUUGUUUGACCUGAAGGCGCUGGUUGACAUGAUGUCAAUUGGAACCCUCUUUGCCUACACGCUUGUUGCCAUAUGUAUCCUCAUAUUAAGGUACCAGGCAGACCUCAAUGAGGAUUCAAGUUUCAGUAAACUGGAACCGUUUACAGUUGCUGGAGUGCUAUUUCCUCCUUCACAAGCAACUUCGCGGACGUCAAAAAAUGCAUCUGUUUUAAUUGUUUUUAUUAUCUUUAUAGUUAUCAUCCUGAGCCUCAUUAUAUCUGGGACUAUAAAUGCCCUGCAGGCCCUUAAAUGGUGGAGUUUACUUUGUGUCUCUAUCAUCGUGCUGAUGCUGGGCCUCAUUACCCUGAUCAUCUGGAGACAACCACAGAAUACAACCAAAGCUGCUUUCAUGGUUCCCUUUGUGCCAUUGCUUCCUAUUUUCAGCACUUUUGUCAAUGUCUACCUCAUGGUUCAACUCGGGACAGACACAUGGAUCCGCUAUGCAGUGUGGAUGACAGUAGGUUUAAUUAUCUAUUUCUGUUACGGCGUUCAGCACAGUGUGCAGAAACAAAGGCUCCAAAAUUCAAACAACCACGUCAGCAUUCACAGCAUCACCACCACAAUGGAGCAGAACUUUGAACCUGACCAAGACUUUAGCGGCAGAACAAUGUGACGUGAUUGUUUUACUGAUAGGCAUUUAGCAUGGGUGAAUGCAAAGCUAAAUGCUUUCAUUUCAGUAUAAAUCUGGCCGGUGUGCAUAACUCAUGCAAGUCUCCUAAUAGUGUUAUUAUGAGUAUGUGAAUUUAAAAAAGCAUUUCAGUCACAACCUCUAACCUCCAUUUUUGUCUUGUUUUCUGUUAAAUUGAAUGUCUUUUUUAAUAAAUGAAAAA